UUUUUUCCACGCUCGGCGCAUCCGGAGACAGCACAGGCAGCUCCCCCCAUAAUUGCCUGUGCCACUGGUGGUUGGACUGGAAGCCGCCUCCCUCUCCCCCCUGUCCUCCCCUUGCCCGUCCUCGACCUCGCCGCCGGCCAGCGAUGGAGCGGCGAUCCACCACCCGCUUCUCGCCUUCCGAGAUUGCAAGGAUGGAGAAGUUGGUUUCAUCAGACAGAAAAGAGCAAGUCUUGGUUGAUAGUUUCUGCCAGAAGCUUGUAGAAGAAUUUAAUCGUUCUCCAGCUCGAGUCGGAAGCAGAGCUCUACAGGCUACACAGGUUCGAGGAUGGUUCCUUGAUAAGCUCCCUGCAUCAACUCCUAAACCUGCUUCCUUGCCUACUACUUCUGAAGAAAAGCCUUUAGCCUCAGAACCAGAUGCGUUAAUUUCUGAGAUAAAGACUUCAGCUUCUGAUGAAGAAAAAGUUUUAGCUCUUGAUACAAGUAUUUCAAACAAUGAGGAUGCACUUUCUGCGGAUUUACCCAAAGAGACUACAGAUAAGGUUCCUGAAUUUGAAGACUUGCAGUUUGAGGCUAAGUCAUCAAAGGAUUCUGCAUGGUACGACGUCGCCCUCUUCUUGGCACACAGGAAGACAAGUUUGGGAGAAGUUGAAGUCCGGGUGAGGUUUAUCGGAUAUGGGGCUGAAGAAGAUGAGUGGGUGAAUGUCAGGAAGGCUGUCCGCCAGCAAUCCAUUCCGCUGGAGUCCUCAGAAUGCCGAAGCAUUGUCAAAGGAGAUCUUGUCCUGUGUUUCAAGGAGAGCAAUGAUGAAGCACUGCAUUUCGAUGCGCACGUUGUGGAUGUCCAGCGGAAACAGCAUGAUAUAAGGGGAUGCAGAUGCCUCUUCCAUGUUGAAUAUGAUCAUGAUCAAAGCCAGGAGAUGGUGAACCUCAAGAGAAUCUCCAGGCGGCCAAGAUACCUUUGAUGGCUUCUGCUAACAUGGAUCUGCUUCCUGCUGCUAUCCGAGCUUGUGUCGUACUAACGGGAGCCCUCGAAUCUUAGUUGAGACCGCUGCACUCUGAUUGUUUGUUCUUAUUGAUGUACUGUGUCUAGUAGUAAAACACCCGGGAGAGUAGUUAAGCCCCCUCUUUGGCACAUAGCUGCUGUAACGGCUAUGAGUAGGCUCCGUGAUAGCCAAUUUUUGCACACACACGAGAAAGUUGGUGCCAAAGCGGGCGGAGAGCCGGAUUUUAACUGGUGUGUUGGCAGCAGAUUACCAUGUCACUAUGUCAGUGUUUGCCGUUCUGAACC